UAUCCCCAAAACCGGUUUGGUCCGUUCAUCAAAGGGAUCACUGAACCGGGCUGAAUUUCACAUACAAAAAUAGCAACAGUCGAACCGGUUUAGUAUUCCUGUUAAAUGAAGGAACUAUAUUAAAAUUCCUUUUCCUGGAAACUUACCGAUACUGGUGAAAACUGUUCGAGGAUGCUUCAUCUCUCUCUCACCACUACUCUCUAAUCCUCGUUGACUUGACUUUGGCUUUUUUUUUGGCUCUAGCUGCUUCCUUACUCUCUCUCGUUCUCUGCUCGUCAAUGGUUAUUAUCUUCUCUUCCAUCUUUACCAAAUCGUUUCUUUUUCUUCGUUGAUUGAAAGGAGUUCUUUACUUUCUUGAAAUUUUCAAGAACCUGUUUUGAUGGACACCAAUCUUGAUGGAUUUGCCGAUUCCUAUGAAAUCAGCAGUGCUAGCUUCUUCGCCGCCGCACCUGCGCCCACCGAGUCCUCUAUCGUUUAUCCUGCCGCCGAAAAACUUCUAACCGGACCUGAUGUUUCGGCUCUGCGAUUGCUCUCCAACAGCCUCGAAUCCGUGUUUGACUCGCCGGAAGAUUUCUACAGCGACGCUAAGCUCGUUCUCGCUGACGGCAGGGAAGUAUCUUUCCACCGCUGCGUUGUCUCAGCGAGAAGCCCUUUCUUCAAGAACGCUUUAGCCGCCGCCGAGAAGGAGAAAGAUUCCAACGCCAUCGUGAAGCUCGAGCUGAAGGAGAUUGCCAAGGAUUACGAAGUCAGUUUCGACUCGGUAGUGACAGUUUUGGCUUAUGUUUACAGCAGCAGAGUGAGGCCACCUCCGAAAGGAGUGUCUGAAUGCGCAGACGACAACUGCCCCCACGAGGCUUGCCGGCCGGCGGUGGAUUUCAGGUUGGAGGUUCUCUAUUUGGCUUUCAUCUUCAAGAUCCCUGAAUUAGUCAAACUCUAUCAGAGGCAUUUACUGAAAAUUGUAGACAAAGUUUUCAUAGAGGACGCUUUGGUUAUACUCAAGCUUGCUAAUAUAUGUGGUACAUCAUGUACCAAGCUAUUGGAUAGAUGCAUAGAGAUUAUUGUCAAGUCUGAUGUCGAUAAAGUUAGUCUUGACAAGUCUUUGCCGGAAGAGAUUGUCAAACAGAUAAUUGGCAAACGUAAAGAGCUCGGUUCCGAGGUACCUGAACUAGAGUUACAUGUCUCCAAGAUACAUAAGGCACUUGACUCGGAUGAUAUCACGCUAGUCAAUUUGCUUUUGACGGAAGGCCACACCAACCUAGAUGAUGCGUGUGCUCUUCAUUUUGCUGUUGCAUAUUGCGAUGUGAAGACCGCAACAGAUCUCCUAAAACUGGAUCUUGCCGAUGUCAACCGUAGAAAUCCGAGGGGAUACACGGUGCUUCAUGUCGCUGCGAUGCGUAAGGAGCCACAACUGAUACUAUCUCUACUGGAAAAAGGUGCGCGUGCAUCAGAAACAACUUUGGAAGGUAGAACCGCUCUCUUGAUCGCUAAACGAGCCACUAUGGCGGUUGAGUAUAAUAAUGUUCCGGAGCAAAGCAAGCAUUCUCAAAAAGGUCGAGUAUGCGUAGGAAUAUUAGAGGAAGCUGAUAAACGAGUUACAAUUCCUACAGAUGCUCCUCCUCUUGCAAUGGCUGCCAAGGAACUGAAGGAAAGGCUACUCGAUCUUGAAAAUAGAGUUGCGCUUGCUCAACGCCUCUUUCCAACGGAAGCACAAAUGGCAAUGGAGAUAGCCCAAAUGAAAGGAACAUGUGAGUUCAUAGUGACUAGCGACGAGCCUGCCCAUCUCACUGGCAAAAAGAGGACAUCACCGGACGUAGAUAUAGCACCUUUCAAAAUCCUAGAAGAGCAUCAAAGUCGACUAAAAGCGCUUACUAAAACCGUGGAACUUGGGAAACGCUUCUUCCCACGCUGUUCAGAUGUGCUCGACCGGAUUAUGGACUGUGAUGAUUUGACUGAACUGGCUUGUGGAGAAGAAGACACCCCUCAGAACCGACUACAAAAGAGGCAAAGGUAUAUGGAAAUACAAGAGUCACUGAAGAAGGCCUUUACUGAGGACAAAUUGGAAAUUCGGAAUUCGUCGCACGCAGCUUCGUCUUCUUCCACAUCAAAACCAACCGCUGGAAAAAGGUCUAAUCGUAAACUCUCUAAUCGGCGUCGGUGAGACUCUUUGGGUAAUUUUUGCUGUACCAUAUCAUUUUGUUUUCUUGAUGAUUGUUACUAUUUAUGUGUAUUGUUGGCGUCAUAUAGUUAUUGUUCUUAAUCUUGCAUCCAAGGUUGUUUAGCUUCAGGUGUGUUCAGACAAAUGUUGUAACUUAUUGAACCAGCGAUAUACAGACUUGUAAUAUAUUAUGUACACAAAAAUAACCCAUGGUGUUACAGAGUUAACAAGAAUCAUAUUCAAGUUCCCUUCGCUGAAGUUCAACAAGAAUCCAUGAUCUUGGAAGAAAUGUUCACUUAA